GUGUGACCAAAACGCGAGUGAAUUCUUUCAUCUCUGCGUGUGUUGUUCUCUUGCCUUGAGUUUAUUCAAAACUUCUUAUAAAAAAGAAAAAAAAAAAAAUUAUUUAAAAGUGUAUUUUAUUGCUAAAAAUGGAUAAAAUAUCCUAAUAUUUCGAAAUUCAUUCUUUUUUCGUUCCAAAACCAAAUAAAAAAAUAUUUUUUUCAUCCCUGAAAAAAAAAAAAGCUCCUCUAUCAAAAUGUCGGUCCGAGAAAAUAACUGAAACCCAAAAACCGCCCCGUGACGUCGAAGGAUAAAUAAUUCGCAGAUACAUUUUAAUCGAAAAUAAGACGAACAAAAAAAAAUCUAAAAAAAAAAACUAAUAGCAAAAAAAAAGGAUUUCAAAAUAAAAUAAAAAAUCAAGACUUAAUUCGAAAAAAAACGAACAAGGCAAACAUCACGGAUCCUUGAAUUCCACUUCAGUUCGUGUUUUUUAUAUUAGACUAAAAAAUGCCUCCAAAUACCCAACCCGAAGAGUCCGUGCCGCUGCCGGCCGGCGAGGACCAAGUCAAACAGGAAGAAACAACGCCAAAGAGUCACUUUAGGGAAUUGCAAACGACUAUGGCAUCAAAAAUUACCACAACACUAGCAGCUGAAGAACCAGAAGGCCCAACAACGACUGCCGUACCAUUUGAGGAAAAAGUCGAAAAAGUUGGCAAAGAAGCUGUCGAAAUCACAGAGAAACUAGCACACAAAGUUGGCAUACCAACAUGGGGCGUGGUGGCGAUUAUAAUCGCCGUCUGCCUCGUUGUCCUUGGUCUAGUCUUCUUUUGCGUACGCAGAUUCCUUAAAAAACGACGAACCAAAGAUGGUAAGGGUAAGAAGGGGGUCGAUAUGAAAUCGGUCCAACUUCUAGGCUCGGCGUACAAAGAAAAAGUUCAGCCUGAUAUGGAGGAAUUGACGGAGAAUGCUGAAGAACAAGAUGACGAGAGCAAGCAGAGUGAAGUAAAAUUAGGAAGAUUAAAUUUCAAGCUUGAAUACGACUUUAAUUCAAACAGCUUAGCCGUAACAGUUAUCCAGGCGGAGGAUCUGCCAGCCCUUGAUAUGGGUGGCACAUCAGAUCCUUACGUCAAAUGUUACCUGCUGCCAGAUAAAAAGAAAAAAUUUGAAACCAAAGUCCAUCGUAAGACCUUGAGUCCUGUCUUCAAUGAAACAUUUACAUUUAAGAGUUUACCUUAUGCUGACGCUAUGAACAAGACCCUAGUAUUUGCGAUCUUCGAUUUUGAUCGUUUCUCCAAACAUGACCAAAUUGGUGAAGUUAAGGUGCCCCUAUGUACGAUUGAUUUGGCGCAAACUAUCGAGGAAUGGCGUGAUUUGGUCAGCGUCGAAGGCGAAGGUGGACAGGAAAAGCUUGGUGACAUCUGCUUCUCUCUGCGCUAUGUACCGACUGCUGGAAAACUUACUGUCGUCAUUCUGGAAGCUAAGAACUUGAAAAAGAUGGACGUUGGUGGAUUGUCUGAUCCAUAUGUGAAAAUUGCUAUCAUGCAAAAUGGAAAACGUUUGAAAAAGAAGAAGACAAGUAUCAAAAAAUGCACCCUCAACCCUUACUACAAUGAGUCGUUCUCAUUUGAAGUUCCAUUUGAACAAAUACAAAAAAUUCAACUUGUGGUCACUGUUGUGGAUUACGAUCGUAUUGGUACAUCUGAGCCAAUUGGACGAUGCAUUCUUGGAUGCGCUGCUACUGGCACUGAAUUACGGCAUUGGUCUGAUAUGUUGGCAUCACCGCGACGGCCAAUUGCUCAAUGGCACACACUUAAGGAUCCUGAGGAGACCGAUGCUCAACUAGCUGCAAUGAAAUAAGCAGUUUCAUAAACAUUACAUAAAAUAAAUAACAAAACAAACUCAUAAUAAUUUAACAAAAAUAGGAAAUGAUGAAAAAUAAUGUUAAAAAGAAAAAGAAUAAAUGAGAAUAAAUUAAGAGUAAUAAUACAGGAAGACAUCAAAGGAACAGUUCUAUCAGAUACAACAAAACAAAAAAUGAAGGAUAACAACAAAAGAAUCUCAUUUCAAGCUGAAUCCAAACAUCAAAACAACAAAAAAAAAACAUAACUAAAUGACAGCAAUCAACUGAAAAUCCAACAAAAACAACAUAAAGAAAACACCAACAAAAUAAAAAAUCAUCAUUCCAAGAAGUCAACAACUACAACAACAACAACAAAAAUCUAUCAACAAAAUCACAAAGGGAAUAAAUGUCUCCUCAUUUCUUCAAACCCCCGCAGUAUAAAUAAUUAAAUUAGAAAAAAAUUAAAAUUAACUUUUCACCAUCAUCAAAUCCAACUUCAGAAUACUAAAAAAAAAAAAAAACACACCCACAAACAACAAAAUCAUUUCCCCCAAAGAAAAAAAUAAAAAAUUCCUAACAUUUACAUUUUAAUUAUAAAAACAUUCAAAUAUAUUACAACAACAAAAAAAAAGUAUUUAUUAUUAUUAUUAUUGUAUUUUUAAUAAUACUUUAACAAAAAAAAAUCAAAAACAAAAUUUAAAAAAAAAAUAAAACCAAAAAAAAAUUCGUUCAAUAUACAAACAAACAAAACUGAAGUGCAAACUGUUUUAGAUUUGCUACAACAACAAAAAAAAUUAUUAAAUAAACUAAAAAACCCAAAAACUUUAACUCUUUCCCAACAAACAACAACAAAAAAUACGAAAAAAAAUGAUUGAUAAUUUAAAAUUUAAAAAAAAAUCUAAAAAAAACUAAAAAAUCGACAAACAUGUUUGCAGUUAUAUUUAUUAUUAUUAUUAUCAUUACGACUGUUUAUUAAUUAAAAACAAAAAUUAUGUCUCUAUUUAUGCAACAAAAAAAUAAAACAACAGAGUUCAGAGUUGAUUAGAUAUUUAUAAAUAACAAAAAAAAAAAAAACAA